AUCAGAGGUGCUCACGCUUCACCAUGACCUCGUCCGGUUCACCAGGAUCUGGAGGUAGUCCCGCAACUCCCACAGGAGCACUAGACCAUUACAAAUGCGGGGAACGCCAUCAUGAGCGGCACAGAAUCAGACUAUCAGCCAGUUGAGCAAUCGCAGGAGUCCUCUUUUGAUGAAGAAAGGUCUCGCAAGAGCUCAAGAGCUCCCUCUAUCGCAUCACGGUCAAGUCGUAAGCGGCGGCGCUCUCGGUCCAGCUCUCUCGAGACGAUUCCGGACGUGAGGUACGAAUUACAAGGCCAUUACAAGGAUGCAUACCGGACACUGUAUAACGAGGAUGUGAAAGACGCCGCCAUUCGAUUCAGAUCAGAUGCUUCCUUCCAUCCUCCAAGAGCUCAGAUUGGCGUAUCAACCUGGUCCGUCGAGGAGAAGUCCACUUUCUUUGCUGCGCUGGAGAGGCUGGGCAAGGAUGACAUACCCGGAAUCGCGACUGCGGUGAAGACCAAGUCGAUUCCAGAAGUACGCCAAUUCUUGCUUCUUCUCCAGGAUACGUCAACGCAGCAGGGGAGUCUCAUGGUGACACUUAGAGAUGUUCCUCCUGCUUCGGAGAUCAGUCCUGAAUGUAGUGAGCAUCUGGAGUUGGCUGCUGAUGCUCUUGCCUGGUAUCAGGAGAGGUUCGAAGCAAAGAAGGAGCAAGAACGCUUCGGAAACCUUUGGCUCAUCACGCCCGAAAUCGCGGAGGAGAUUGAAGCUGCUAUUCCUUCGUCAAGGAGGCCUUCUCUGUCAUCCUCCGAACCUCCAGAGGCAGCGGGCCAGGCAGAUGCAGGCUCUGUACAGGCCCCUCAGCCAACCUCGCAAAUAUUACAAGAUAUACCGGAAGCCAACCUCCUUAACACCUCCAACCUACUACAGCUGUCCACAGAGGUCUUCAUGAACGGCUCUGCGAGCCCACCUUCGUGGUACCCGCAUUGGACAACUUUGAGAUCGCCAUUGGCUUCCAGACCCUCAAUAUAUCGGACCGCCUUGAUCGAUUUCCAUACCCUAGUGCUUUCGCUCACUAAACGUCUGGUGCAGGCGAGCAUAGUCCAGGCAACUUCUAGGAUAAGAACCCAAGGCUGGCGUGUCAAGAAGGGAGUUACCUCUCUGGUGAAAAAACGGGACGCCUUGACUGCAAUCGACAUGCUCCGACUGCCAAGAAAUUCUCAAGAAAGAUGGAGGCGCGUGGCAAGACGCUGUGGUCUUCGCGUUUUUGAAGGAUCGGGGAAGCAGAGGCGUGAAAUGAGUUGGAAUGAAGUCGAGGAGGCGCUGGAAACACUUCCGCCAUUAUCAGAAGACACCACUCCGGUGGGCGACACGCCCAGUCCUACUUCCGGAGUUGAGAAUACGACUUUCAGGGCAAGAGCAAUGCGUAGUGGAACACCGCUUCCGUUCCGAGAUAUAAGUUCUGUUGGUUCAGAUCAUUCAGAGGGCGACGAAACUAUGCACGCGCCCGAGGAGAACGACGGUUCUGAUAAUGAAUCACCCGUUUCCUCACCAGUAUCAUCUGUUGGCGUACCUAGCCGGUCUCCAAGCCCAACAGAGGGGUCAGAACACGAUGCCUUGGAAGCUAUGGACGCGAGUAUAGCCCAAGCGGAAGAAUCACGUCUUUGGAUUGUGCUCAACGGUGCCUCGCCGGACACGGUCGAAAAUGUGCUCAAAACUGAGGGAACAGAAGAAACAAAACUGACUCAGCGGGGAAAUGUUGGGAUUAAAGAGGAUGACUGGCGUGCUUACAUUGAGUAUCGUGCUGAAUGGGAAGAAUUUGAGCAGCCCGUUCCUCGCGCAAUGUUCGAGGAGAACCGCAAGACUCCUUCUCCUGGGCCCUUACCGUCUGCAGAGCAGGAAAUCGAGUCAGUUCCCUCAAAUGACGAAGGCGGUAGCAACCGGCGAUUAAGAAAGCGGAGGAAGGUGGUUGGGACCGAUAUGCCCCUCCGGGGAGCUCGCACUUAUGCGGUGACACACGACCCAGGCACUGGACAUGAAGAUGGGCAGUUGGGCCGCGAGGGAUACGCAAAUGACAAUGCGGAAUGGCUUGCACCCUCAAUCGAAGGUGGAGAUGCUGGUUUGUCAAGAGCUCGGUCAAUAUCACCCGAUGAUAUGGAUAUGGAUGCAAAGCCAGCAAUGUAUCCUUAAGUUACAAACGCCUCAAUGAGAGUGCCAUUGGCGACACUACUGGCAUUCUUCUUUCUUUUGACAGUUUCCUUGGGUUUCUGUGUUCGCCUCUAAUCCUUCUUGUACCUGGAAUAAGAUCUGUAGGAUGGUAGUUUCAUCCGCGUCGACUGACCUUCCUAAUGUGGUAACCAGCUCCUUUGAAAGCUAACGAAGCAUUUACUCGUGCCGCGCGCCAAUCUUCCGUACGCGAUACCGGCUCU